AUGGCUUACCAGACUUGCAGCUUGUUUGUUCUGUCUGUCAUCAUGAUUUGUUUUGGACGUUUUGGAAACAGCUUAAUUCUUGCUCAACUUCAAAAUGAUAUAGAUCAACUGAAAGCUGACUUUAACUCAAGUCAUUCAGAUGUAGCUGAUGGUGGGCCUAUUUUUACAGAUAAACUCAUAAACUGGACUGAGAGAAAUGAAAAAAGGAUCAUACUGAGCCAGAUUGUUUCCAUGUAUUUGCAAAUGCUUGAAAACACUGACAAGUCAAAGGCACACAUCAGGCACAUAUCUGAGGAGCUCUAUACUCUGAAAAACAGCCUUCCUGAUGGCUUGAAGAAGAUGAAAGACCUCAUGGACCUAACAAAGCUUCAGAUGAACGACUUGAAAAUCCAACGUAAAGCUGUGAAUGAGCUGUUUAGCGUCUUACAAAAACUGGUGGAGACAUCAACUUCUCUCAAAAGGAAGAGGAGCCAGAUUCAGAGGAAAUGCAAAUGCUAA